GUAGUAUGAUAGUAUUAAAAUUGAGAAACAUUCUUUGCUUUUGCUUCUGGUGUUGAAAUUCUUGAAGCAAUCGCCAUCCCAAUUUCUUAUGAUGAUGAUGAUGGUGAUGCCAAUGCAGCCCUAAAGCUAGCAGACAAAAAUUUUACCCCCAAUUUUUGCACACACUCCCACACCCACUAUAACACACCCCAAUUAACACACAUUAAUAUGGCAGCUACCACCGCUCACCUCAAAUCUCACUCCCAACCCAUCAAGAUCAAGCGCCGCCGCUGCCGCGAGACCACCAUCACCACCACCCCAGAUCCCACCUCCUCCUCCACGCCAAACCCCCACCAAACCCUAAAUCACAUUACCAUUUCCCCCGACAGCUCCUGGUCCAAUUCGGAUCACAAGAUCCGCCAAUCGUCUUCCGCGAUGGGACCCUACGGCGCCGCCGUCGCCGCCGGAGACGGAUUCCCCUCCUCCCUCAGCAAAUUCAAUUCCGCGCUCACCGCCGGCCUCCUCAACCCAAUGUCGCCGCCGCCGCCACCGGAUAAAACGCGCUCGAGCCCUACCUUAUUCGAGAUGAUGGCGAAUGAGCCGGACAGUCUGCCCAGAGCGCCGGCCGCCGUUGAAAACGGCGCUGCUAAGAGCCAGCAGGGUUCGAAGUUGUCUGCGAAUGUGGACAAGCAGGCGCUGAUGCAGCAGCGAUUGAUGGAUCUCCUGGCGUCGAGGAGCCCCGGGAACCAGUUCAACGACGCGGCCUCGAGCGAUGUGAUGCUCACUUUGAGCUCCAAGGACGGUGUGAGUGUUUCGAUUAGGGUUCAUAGGCAGAUCCUUGUGGUUCACAGUCGGUUUUUCGCGUUGAAGUUGAAUGAGAGCUGGGUGAAGCAGCAAGGGAGCUGGGUGCCGUACAAUGUGGAGAUUGCUGAUUGUGAUGAUAUUGAGGUUUACAUUGAAACUCUGAGGCUCAUGUAUUCUAAAGACUUGAGGAGGAAGUUGAUGAAGGAGGACGUGCAGCGGGUGCUCGGUAUACUUAGGGUCUCAGUAGCGAUCGGGUUUGAUGCGGGUGUACUAUCAUGCUUGGAAUACUUAGAAGCUGCUCCAUGGGCUGAAGAUGAAGAAGAGAAGGUGGCCUCCCUGUUAUCAGAGCUUCGGCUUGAAGGGGUUGGAGCUGGGGAAGUUUUGAAAAGGGUUUCCCUAGAUGCUGCAGCAGGGCUUGAGGAUGGAAAGAAUAACGAAGAAGUGCUUCUCAAACUAUUGCAGGUAGUUCUCGAAGGGAAAGAUGAGAAGGCUAGGAGAGAGAUGAAAGACUUGGUGACCAAACUGCUGCGCGAAAAUUCAUCACAGAAUGAUUUGAGGAAGGAGUCAGUGUACUUCGCUUUUGAUGAAUGCUUGAAAUUACUUUCUCGUCACUUCUUACAGGCAGCACACGGGGACAUGCAAGAUAUAGGUCAGAUAGCACGGCAGGCAGAUAAUUUGCACUGGCUACUGGACAUAAUGAUUGAUAGACAGAUUGCUGAGAACUUUCUAAAAACAUGGGCCUCUCAGUCUGAAUUGUCCGAGGCACAUUCUAAAGUACCUCCCAUACACAGAUACGAAGUCAGCAGAGUUACGGCCAGGCUGUUUGUAGGAAUCGGAAAGAGAGAGCUGUUGGCCAGCAAAGAGGCCAGGUGCAUGCUUUUGAAGACUUGGUUGGUGCCCUUUUACGAGGAUUUUAGAUGGAUGGGGAGGGCAUCGAGAGGUCUUGACCGGCAUUCAAUUGAGGACGGUCUUAGCAACACCAUAUCAACCUUGCCAAUGGCCUUACAGCAGGAAAUUUUCGUGUCGUGGUUCAACAGAUUUCUGAAUGGAGCUGAUGAUUGUCCAAAUAUCCAGAGGGGAUUUGAAGUUUGGUGGAGGAGGGCAUUCUUGAGACGAAAGGGUGAGGAUGAGAGAUCUCACCAAAUGCGAAUUAUAUCCGACACAAUGGAGAACUCAUGAAUUCGGGCAUAUCUCAACUUCGAUUUCUAUUUAUCUUCUUCCUUCCCACACUAGUUGAGAAAUCCAAUGCAGGUCUGACUGGGUUCUCAAAGACACUGAUUGGUAUUAACGUAUUGAACGGUUUGCUGCCUUCGAUCUUUUGCUGACGUCUCGACUCCCUUGAUUUGGAGACAGUUUGCUGAAGAAAAGAGAUUGCACGCUGAGGUAGUGAAGUGAGACUUGGAUAUAUCCAAAUAUCAGUUGCUGGUUGGAAUGAGGUCUUCUUUUUCUUUUUUCCUUUGUAUUUUAUUUUCUUGAUUUGUGAAUAAAGUGACAUGGUUAGGACGAAGCAGUGAUGAAGUUAUGCAGUGUGGGUUGAUUUAAACAUAUAGUAGUUUCCAUAUCAUGUAAGUUUGUGAUCCAUUGUGAAAUGCUAUGUAGGCCUCUUCUUCUUUC